GUCUCCGGUUUUCCCUGCCUGUGGCAACUGACAGGCUCAGCCAGCCUCCCAGGCCGGCUGCCUGCUCACCCAGCCAGUCGCUCACUCUGGGCACUGCAGCAGGCUCGGCUCUGUCCCAGCGCUCGCUUGCUUGCUCGCUCAUUCGGCUGGGAGAAAAGUGGUGUCCUCGCCCAGAGAGCUUCUCUCUCCCUUCCUUCUUUCUCGAGCUCUCUGAGUCCUUUGGCGUUUCUUUCUUUCUUUCCUUUUUUUUUUUUUUUUUUUUAAAUUUUUUUUUUUUUUUUUUUUUUUUUUUUAUAAAACUUGCAUAAUUAUACUGCUAAUCCUGGAUGAGGUUGCUGGAUUCUGCAGCACAAAUCUUCAUGAACAAGCCGCACCGCUCAGAGAUUUCACAGCAUUCAAAGGUCACAGAACUGCCACUAUGGUUAAAUGUCUUGUUUAAUGGUUGAGAGGUGUGGCGAAGUCUUGUUUGAGAGCCCUGAACAGAGUGUCAAAUGUGUUUGCAUGCUAGGAGAUGUACGACUAAGGGGUCAGACGGGGGUUCCUGCCGAACGCCGUGGCUCCUACCCAUUCAUUGACUUCCGUCUACUUAACAAUACAACACACUCAGGGGAAAUUGGCACCAAGAAAAAGGUGAAAAGACUGUUAAGUUUUCAAAGAUACUUCCAUGCAUCUAGGCUUCUCCGAGGGAUUAUACCGCAGGCCCCUCUCCACCUGCUGGAUGAAGACUACCUUGGGCAAGCAAGGCACAUGCUCUCCAAAGUUGGAACGUGGGACUUCGACAUUUUCUUGUUUGAUCGCUUGACAAAUGGGAACAGUCUAGUAACUCUGUUGUGUCACCUCUUCAACUCCCAUGGGCUCAUCCACCAUUUCAAGCUCGAUAUGGUGACCUUGCACAGGUUUUUGGUGAUGGUUCAGGAGGAUUACCACGGUCACAACCCAUACCACAAUGCUGUCCAUGCAGCCGACGUCACCCAGGCCAUGCACUGUUACCUGAAGGAGCCAAAGUUGGCAAGCUUCCUCACACCUCUGGACAUCAUGCUUGGACUACUGGCUGCAGCAGCUCAUGACGUGGACCACCCAGGGGUCAACCAGCCAUUUUUGAUCAAAACUAACCACCAUCUUGCCAACCUGUAUCAGAAUAUGUCUGUACUGGAGAAUCACCACUGGCGAUCUACAAUUGGCAUGCUUCGAGAAUCACGGCUCCUGGCUCACUUGCCAAAGGAAAUGACACAGGAUAUUGAACAGCAGCUGGGCUCCCUCAUCUUGGCCACGGAUAUCAACAGACAGAAUGAGUUUCUGACCCGCUUAAAAGCUCACCUCCACAAUAAAGAUUUGAGACUGGAGAAUGUACAGGACAGACACUUUAUGCUUCAGAUCGCCUUGAAGUGUGCUGACAUUUGCAAUCCUUGUCGUAUCUGGGAGAUGAGCAAGCAGUGGAGUGAAAGGGUCUGUGAGGAAUUCUACAGACAAGGUGACCUUGAACAGAAGUUUGAACUGGAAAUCAGUCCUCUUUGUAAUCAACAGAAAGAUUCAAUCCCUAGCAUACAAAUUGGUUUCAUGACUUACAUCGUGGAGCCGCUGUUCCGGGAGUGGGCCCGGUUUACUGGGAACAGCACCCUGUCGGAGAACAUGCUAAGCCAUCUCGCGCACAACAAAGCCCAGUGGAAGAGCCUGCUGUCCAAUCAGCACAGACGCAGGGGCAGCGGCCAGGACCUGGCGGGCCCCGCACCUGAGACCCUGGAGCUGACGGAAGGUGCCACGCCCUAAGGUAGCUGUCUGCUGGAGCACGGCCAUCUGUCCAUUCACAGGAGCACGGCCAUCCGUCCGACUGCCCUCGCAACAAGCCCAUCACGCUGGGUUUCGAUGCCACCCGCCUGCCACUUACCACCUCCCUUCGUUGAUCCAAGUGUACAAAAGCCAUUGUCACCUCAGCAUUAGCUGCCGAAAUGGGCGGCUCUAUCCCGUCAUUGGAGCUGAUUCUGGGGCGGCUGCCCCAACCGAAACGCCUGGAAGUAAGAAAGGAGUGCUUCUGCCGCCGUGUUCGCCUCUGGCCCUUGGUCACGCUGACUGGCAGUAGCUCCUAAGUCUAGAGCAUUUUAACUUUUGCCAUCGGACAGCUGACCUGCAUGACACCAGCAUACUUGGAACUGCAAGAUUGGUCUUGCGUGCCAGAGCACAAACGAGAGUGUGAGAGAAAGUACUUUCUAUUUUAAUAAUAAUUAUUAUUAUAAAAUAAUAAAUCUUUUUAACUUUUAUAUUUCAUGCACCAGACAAUGGGUCUAAAACUUUGGGACAAGUAAUACUCAGUGUACCCAAACCUAAGAGGGGUUCAUUAUUUUGCUAUUGACUCUAUGCCACAUUGGGUCCGAGAUGUGGCACCACUGCGAUUUCUGAAACCACGCGUCCCCUCCCAUCUGGUGGAAGGUGCUGUACAGCCCGUCCCUUUGCACCGUUAGCCAAUCCGUCUUUUACGGAUUCAGUGACCUGUUUAUAUUCACAAGUGUACAUUUUCUGUAAAUACCAAACGCUACUGAUUCCCAUGCCAAAAUACACGAGUAUUAUGGGAUUGCUACCUGUAUAAACAAUGGCACUGUGAACAGAAUACUGUUAGUUUUAUCACAAGAGAAUGCAUUUGUAAAUAUGGUAUAGAGUUUAUUAAUAUACUGUUGUUCGCAGAUAAAGGCCUUAACUUUAAACAUUUUUCCUCUUCCCAAAACUGCCGAACCUAAAUCCUGACAGAUGUCUUUCUGAACUGCCUGGCCCCAGUGACCAUCUCUGCUUUCCUGCUAAGGUCACAAGCCAAAACUGAGUACCAUCUUGAAGGAAACUUUUUUUUCGAAAACCUCUCAUGCAUUGGGAACGUAGUUUUUAAUCUAUGGCACUAAGUAUGGUUUCCUCCGAUUAAUGAUUCCCUUUCAGCAAGAUGUAAAUCACUUUCCAGCACAGCAAUGCUGCACACAGUUUUAACAAGCUGGCUGAUAAGCUUGUGUUUUUGUGACUCCUGUUGUGGAACACGGGGUACACCAACCUCAAGGAAGACACAGCAGGUCUCAAAAGCCUUGUAUGACCCUGUCACCUAACCAUCAGGGAACUCCCUGCCCCCAUGCCACACUUUUGUCUGAUACGGCUACAAUACCAAAGUCCCUUUGGUCCAUGGACGGUUGGUGUGCGUUUCUUUGGUGUUGAUAGUAACUGAAUUAUUUACUUUUUUCUAUAGUUUCAUGUGAACAACUGCCCAGCUGUUUGGCUGAAUUUAAUCUUAUUUAAGUAAAGAAGCUAUUUCAGUUUUAUCAGAGACUUUAGCUUUCUAGAAGAUCAAUGUGGUUCAUCACAGCUGCAGUCAGCAGACUCAGCUUGGAAUUGUCAUCUGUCUGCAGAUGCUUGGCUGUAAAAUCCAGUGUGUACGCAUUCUUACCCAGCUGAACUAUGCAUUGAGCCUUUUCCUCGUGAGUUCUAACAUAAUUAAUGUUAUAUGGAAACUGCCAAUGCUUCUUUCUCUUUAUCUUAAGUAGUGGGAGAGGGGGCAUUUCUGCCAUGAUCAAGCCACUUCUCAAACUGACAGCAACAGCUAGCUCUUACUUCCUAAGUGCAACUAACGUGGGGCUCUCUGUUUCUCCUAAUAACGCAAGUGAAACAUUCAAACCUUGCCUGGCUUGGAACACGUUCCUACAGAGAGAUUGGGGCUUACAGAGUUAAUGUUGUGGAAGGAAUUGGAAAGUUGAUUAUAUUUUCACUAGUAUAAGCAAGAUUGUCAGAUGGGACUAAAGGAAGUCUGAAGAAUUUGCAAAGUGGGUGGAUGGCGCUGACGUCACUGAUAUGGGUGAGAAGGGAAGUUUUGAACACAGCACUAACUUGUGCUUUCUGAAGCAGCUACGGACUGACAUACAUCUUCACUGCUAUGGUAUUCUGAAGCUCCGAGGUUAAGCAAGGCCUCACAUGAGAAUACAGCAGAAAGAUUCCUGCUUCAAAACCUCUUAGUUUGGAUUGUAGCCAUCUGUUUUUAUGCAUAUGAGAUCGAAACAAGGAGAUCAAUUGCUCAGGAUGACAAAAUAGAAACAGUAAAGAAAACAUUGUCUUUGGCCAGUGGAGUCUCUACCUGGAGUUUAGGAAAUAUAUUUGCUUAAGCUACAAUUAUAUUGUAAUUGAAUUAGGAUAGGGCAUUCUUGGCAGUUCCAGGUUUAUAGGGAAAGAUUUUCAUCUACCAAACAUCUAAUAGUUAAAACACAAGAAUAAUAAAAAUCAGAAAUAGAGUGGAGGUAGACGUGGCUGCAUGUUUCUACUGUCUGGAAACUUUGUGAGAUCCUCAUGUGUUGAGAAAAAAUUAACUGUGAAAACUCUUUUCUGCCUGCUAAUGGCUCUCUUGGAAUAAUUUAACACAAGUUGUCCAAUAAGUCUUGGAGACACGGCCCAUGUGUCAAUAUCGUCUUAACGCUUUUAGUCUUAGUCUGCUAGCCCACCUAGGUCGUGGAUGAUCAAUUGAUGACUUUAGAAAGGAAGAAUUCAGAGAACUACUUUCUUAAUAAUACAUAAAGAUCUCAGAGACAGAGAGAGAGAGA